GGGCAGCUCACUCUCAAUCUCAGCCUCGUAGAUGUACAUCACAUGAAACGAGAACCACCAAACGAGGGUUUACCAUUCGAGCUGGAUGCACCAUGAUCGUCUGUAAAUUCUGCCAAACUACAGUCCUCGAGUCUGGGAAACGAUGGGACUAUCACCACCCAGACGCCGACUCAUUCGAAGGCUCACUGCGUUCUCAGUGUGUCUUCUGCACAAGGCUGGCUAAAGGCCUCGGUGAAAUCAAACCUUGGUUUGACCACGAACUCAAGGUCAAAUCUCUCUUUCGUUGGAACAUACGGCAGGCUGCUCAGAUCCGUGAGACCAAGGGCCAUGUCUCCGUGACAUUUCGACCGGUGCCAGGCCGCGCUCAUGGAAAUGUGAAGAGCGAAGAUCUGCCAGAAGUCACUUUCUAUCUCUUCACCGAAGAAGACUUGGGCGACAUACCCGAACGGCACGAACUCGGAAACCGAACAGACUCAGGGGCAUCCAAAGCCCAAAUGAUAGACUGGAUGCAAGACUGCAUCUCCAAUCACCCAAAAUGCAUCCGAAGCCACAGCAUCAAAUCUUUCAUACCAACCAGGGUCCUCGACGUCGGCGCACCGAACACCAACAAUAACGAUGUAACCCCGCCUUCUCACAUCCGCGUGAUCGACACCACCAAAGAACCCAUAGCCGGCCCCUACAUGACCCUAUCCCACUGCUGGGGCACCGGCUCCUUCAUCCGCCUCACAGAGACUAACGUCGACGAGUACACGACCAACGGCAUACCCUGGACAAAACUUCAGGCCAGCAACGCGAACUUCGCCGAUGCGGUGCAAGUUGUUCGCACGCUGGGGUUGAGGUAUAUCUGGAUUGACUCGCUGUGUAUCAUCCAGGGUCAGCAGCACGGCGAGGACUGGAACCAUGAGGCGCCGCUCAUGCAUAAGGUCUACCGGAACUCGUGGUGUAACCUCGCGGCGGCGGACUCGAAGGACCACACGCGCGGAUUGUUCCGGGAGAGGACAGCAGAGGUAGUACCUGUAAGGUAUGAGAGCCAACAACCAUCCGUGGCCUCUGGAGAUAGGGUGUGGAGGGUUUUACCUGCGGAUUUAUGGGAUCGUGAUCUGCUGGGAAGCCAUCUUUACACUCGCGGCUGGGUAUUUCAAGAACGAAUGCUCUCCCCCCGCCUGCUCCAAUUCACUUCAACACAACUCUUCUGGGACUGCGCAACCCUCACCGCAACCGAAUCCCUCCCCCAAGGCCUCCCUGCACCCCUCGACACCAAAUCUGCCACCGACAGACACUGGCGCGAACGUCUACAAUCCUCCGCCCUCUCCGUCCGACCCCUGGCCGGCACGGCCGAGGACUCGCUCGAAGAAUUCUGGAAGAGCGCCGUCGCGGCGUACACGAACUGCGACCUCACCUACGGCAAGGAUAAACUCGCCGCGCUGUGGGGUAUCGCGAAGCUCCUGCGGGACGCUCUGGGCGAGGAGUACGCUGUGGGGUUGUGGGGGAUUAAUCUCGCUGAGCAACUCGCGUGGCGGGUCGUUGAUUGUUCUACCUCAGAGAGGUAUGGUGAGAAGGAGAAGGUUGUGGUUCCGGGGGGUCAGGCGGUUGGGAAUCCGAGUUGGUCGUGGACUUCGUUGAAGGGAGAGGUGGAGGUUGCGCCCAGGGUACCGAGGUUGCCGAGAUUCUAUACCGCAUGCGACCACGGAGGUGGGAAUGUGAGGUUUCAGAUCAAGAAGCCGCUUUUUGGGAGGUUUGAGGGGGAGCAUUCAACGGUUUGGCGGGAUGAGGUUGUGAAUAUGACGAGGAAGCUGAAUCGGGCUUCGGAGAGGGUGUCGGAGAAGGCUAGGAUGAGUGGUGUUACGACGAUCACUCCCAUUACCGAAGAUAUCGUGGAGGAGGACGUUGGAAAGGAUGGGACACCGAAGUUGGCGGGGCAAGGCGUGGUCACUCAGCCGGAGACGAAGAGGGAAUUUGCUAUGGAUAAGCCUUCGGAGCUUCUGUCUACUUCCCUUCGGAUUCAGGCGCAUAUGUGCCGGGGGACACUCGAGGCAGCUGGGGAAAGUCGCUGGACGUUCAUGUACCCGGGACUAAACCAGACUGACGCGCUCAUCGAAGCCUAUCCGGACAUCCAGCCCAAAGAGAACACCGCGCCGUGCGAGAUGCUCUUGCUUGCGGCGUCAAAGUUACUGCAGAAUAGGUGGGGUCGUUGGUUCCUAGAUGAUGGGUAUGUCGAGGAUGAGGAUGUAGCCGAGGUGAAUUACUCCGGGACGGGGAUUCUUGUGGAGAAGGUUGGGGAAGGGCGGUAUAAGCGGAUUGGUGCUGUGGUGUUUCGGCAGGUGAAGAGAGAGAGUUGGGCUUGUUUGCGGCGGGCGUGUGGGGGUGGUGGGAUGGUGUUGGAGGAUGAGCUUCAAGUCGAGGAUGGAGAGAAGAUUUGGCUUGAAUAACGACAUAGGUCGAGGCUCACCGAGAGUAUCUUUGAAACCAACAAUGAUUUCCUUCAAAGAUUAAGUACACUGCAAUCAUCGAUAGGCGUUUGACGCGUAUAGAGAGUGGUUCGCAUUAGUCGUCAAAUGUGAUCGAGUGCCAUUGGUAGGAUGGCUUGUUGAACAUCACUUAGGAAACAGCCUCUGUCUGCUAGAAGCAGUGACCAUUGCCAACAUAGUGGCUUAGAAAGGGCCUAUAGGCAUGAUGUAGUAGACCAAGCCCAUUGACUAUUUACCACAGUUCAACCAGGUGGUACUUCACAUCUAACUAGAUACAAUCUGAUAAAUACUGCGGUUCA